AUUUUGCCAUCAGAGGACUUUGGAAGACAGUCUAGUUCUGACAUUGUUCUUAGAUUCGGUACCUUGAAAUAGAGACGCCAACUAAAUAAGAUAUCUCAAAACAAACAUGAGAUUUAAAGCCAUUCGGUUGCCAGAUGCGAAGGGUCAAGUAAUCGUAUGAUAUUGAAUAUUGAGUGUCGAACAUUGUUUUAAAUUUGCAUAGAGCACUUACAGGCUCUUCCUGUUUGCGAGCUACUUGAAUUUGUGUCUCUGUCUACGUGAUGUUGGGUUCAGGAUUAAAUCUUGGUGGUCACUCUUUUCCUAGUGUUAAUUCCGUUUCAAGAUUUGGGGAAGCGUCUCCAUAUAAUCCAAAUGCACCAAUAUGUUCAUAUCCACGUUCAUUAUUGGAGCACGUAGUUAGUUUGGAUAUCGAUCAUCAACCUGCGUACAUUCGGAACACUGGGAUAAUAUGUACAAUCGGUCUGUGUGGAGGUAGAUGCCCGAUACCUUCAGUGCAAGCAUUUCUCAGGACUGCGCUUGUUCAACAACGAAAGUCGGGUCUAGACAGAAGCGUUCAUUAAUGCACACUUUUCAAUGUUCUCGUGGUCCACGAAGUAAUCCAAAAUAUAUGUACACAGACCAUGUCCCAAAACAAUUCUUCAGCUGUGUUAAUUAUAUGGUGCUGUAAAAAGUGUACUCCAGUGUAUUUACAAAUGAAUUGAACUGGCACACCUGUUACUUACUAUACCGUACUGGUCAAUAAUAUUAUGCAUUGUUAUUAAUUUUGAGAGAAACCAUUGUUUGAGGAAAUGCUUGAAGCAGGUAAAGGAUUGAGUUAAAGCUUCGUCGGUUGCGCAGUAGUGACUGCAGAUCUAGCUAUCGAAAUUCAAUAGUGCAAUUUGAGCAACAGAAGCCUAAAAAUGAUAACUUCAUAGUAUGCUAUCACAAUGUCGGAAGUAAAUAACUUCUAUAUGUAUUUUGAAACAGGUCCUGCUUGUCGUACUGUCGAAAUACUUCAAAAUAUGAUCAACGCAGGAAUGAACAUUGCCCGAUUAAACUUUUCUCACGGUAGCCAUGAGUAUCAUGCGGAGACUAUAAAGCUGGUUCGUGAAGCUGCCUCGACUUUAAAGCCUAUGUCAAGACCAGUCGGUAUUGCUUUGGAUACAAAAGGCCCUGAAAUUCGUACUGGACUUAUAAAUGGGAGUGGAACUGCCGAAGUUAGUCUUGAAGUUGGGCACAAGAUUCGUGUGACUACUGAUCCUGCCUUCAUGGAAGCAUGUAACGCAUCCACUCUUUACGUGGAUUAUCCUAAUAUUGUCCAUGUCUUAUCAGAAGGCUCGAAAAUCUACGUUGACGAUGGUUUAAUCAGUUUAGUGGUCAGAAGUAAAGGUCCCAAUUUUCUCGAAUGUGAAGUCGAAAACGGUGGAAAGCUUGGCUCUCGUAAGGGAGUUAAUCUCCCAGGAGCCCGAGUAGACCUGCCUGCAGUUUCAGAAAAAGAUAAACAAGAUCUUCGUUUUGCAGUUGAGCAUAACGUUGAUAUGGUGUUUGCUUCCUUCAUUAGAAACGCAGCUGCAGUACAUGAAAUUCGCAGUCUCCUUGGUGAAAAAGGUGCUUACAUCAAAAUAAUUGCGAAAAUUGAAAACCAUGAAGGUGUUCAAAGAUUCAACGAAAUCCUUGAGGUUGUUGAUGGGAUUAUGGUGGCUCGUGGUGAUCUUGGAAUAGAAAUUCCAGCAGAAAAAGUUUUCUUAGCACAAAAGAUGAUGAUUGGUCGUUGUAAUCAGGUUGGCAAGCCUGUAAUAUGCGCUACACAAAUGUUGGAGUCAAUGACUACAAAACCUCGACCAACUCGAGCUGAAUCAUCCGAUGUAGCUAACGCUGUACUUGAUGGUGCUGACUGUGUUAUGCUUUCAGGUGAAACAGCCAAAGGAUUGUAUCCCCUAGAAACUGUACAAACUAUGCAUCGUAUUUGCGUACAAGCUGAAGCAGCAAUGUUCCAUGGGCAGUUGUUUGAAGAUCUGAAGAACUCUUUGUGUGGUCCCACAGAGAUGGCUCACACUACAGCUAUUGCUGCUGUAGAAGCUUCUAAUCGAUGCAACGCAGCUGCUAUAAUUGUGAUUACCACUUCUGGACGGUCAUGCCACUUGAUUUCACGUCAUCGACCUCGUUGUCCAAUCCUUGCUGUUACGCGUCAUGAAGUCAUUGCUCGUCAAGCUCAUCUUUAUCGUGGUGUCCAUCCCUUAUACUAUGGCGAAGCACGAACUAAAGAAUGGGAUGAAGAUAUGGAUCGUAGAAUUCGUUUUGCCAUUGACUUCGGUCGUAAGCGUUCAUAUUUCACUCCAGGAUGUUAUGUGAUCAUUGUAACUGGUUGGAAGGCUGGUUCAGGUUCAACGAAUACACUUCGUGUUGUCAAGUUAGAAGAUGCAGAAACCAAACCAAUAGUUAUGGUGCCAAGUAUUACUCAAUUUGAUGACUAAAGAGUGUGUUUUUUCGUAAAAGGUUUAUUGUGCUGUAUUAUGUGAACGACAGAGAAAUAUACAUUAAAUUUAAUUCUUCUUACACGUUUCAUCAGUCUUUAUUCUUGCACCUUAGUCGAUUUAUUAUCCCUCACCUUCACUUAACUACAUAAAGUUCUGUUAUUACUUUCCAAUCGAUAAUUCAUAUUUUUGUGUGCUAAUAAGUCUUCAUUGUCGUGAUGGAACCAUUCGGUAGGUGUGUGAAUCCGUCAGUAUUCAUCUUUAUUAUAGUACUUCUAUAGUUGUACCAACCCAAUAUUAUCUUCAUGUAUUUUUGACUUAUCCUUUGGGAGAAUGAAGGUAUAUCGAUUUUCUUGAUUUGUUCUCCAAAUUAGAUAUUUCUUAAAUCACUUUUUGCAUGUAGACGUCAUACUGAAAAGAAAAAAACCCACAUAACAUUAUAAGGACAACA